AUGACGUCGCGAAAACUAAAUGUGCUCGUAUACACAGGCACCGGGUCUACAAUUGAAUCAGUCAAACAUGCAAUCUACUCCCUGCGUCGACUUCUCUCCCCAAACUAUGCAGUCAUCCCUAUCACUGAGGCUAUUCUGCUGAAAGAGCCAUGGGCACCUUCUUGCGCGCUACUUGUUUUCCCAGGUGGCGCUGAUCUUGGUUAUUGUCGCGUGCUCAAUGGGGAAGGCAAUUCAAUUAUAUCUCAGUAUGUGCGCCGAGGUGGUGCAUACUUAGGUUUCUGCGCCGGCGGCUACUAUGGAUGCAAGAGGUGCGAGUUCGAGGUUGGCAAUAAGGCUAUGGAAGUUGUCGGGUCUAGAGAGCUAGCUUUCUUUCCUAGCACAUGUAGGGGUGGCGCAUUCAAAGGCUUCCAGUAUCACAGCGAGAAAGGGGCCCGAGCAGUCCGAGUGAAUGUUGUGAAGGAUGCAUUCAGAGGGGCAGGGUUGGUCCCAGAGGUAUUCACAUCCUACUAUAAUGGUGGCGGAGUCUUUGUCAUCCCAGAAAAUGGAAACAGUGAUAUUGAGAUACUAGCAAGCUAUGCGGACGAACUCGAUGUCGAUGGUGGUCGUGAAAAGGCAGCUCUUGUGUACUGCAAAGUUGGCCAAGGUGCUGCUAUCCUCACAGGACCUCACCCUGAAUUUGCCGCUGUAAAUCUAAGUCCACAGAAUGAUGUCGAAGGAUAUGACGACCUCAUCGCUGCCCUCAAAGCUAACGAUGAUGCACGAACAGGCUUCCUAAAAGCGUGCUUAACUAAGCUUGGGCUGGAGGUCAGUCAGGAAACAACAGGUGUGCCAUCCCUCUCUCGACUUCAUUUGUCGUCAAUCUCUAGUAACGACGUGGAUGACUUAUUGCACACCUGGGAGGACAUCAUCAGCAAAGAAGACGGCGAAGAAUAUAUAAGAGCAGAAAACGACACAUUUCAUUUACAGAAGCCCGAAACAAUGUGGUCCGUCACUGGCUUGAAAGAAGCACUAACUCCUGAUGGUAGCCAAGAUCAAAAGUCUCCUGACUUAAGUAGUCAAGGCAUAAUCGACUAUAGCACAAUUGUUAAGCGUAUUGUAACCCACGAAACAGCCUGGCCAGAAGCCAAGGCAACUCCAUACUUCAACCACAACGCGUUUUAUUCUAGCUUGCAAGAUUAUCGGCGGACAGAAUCUGAAGCGGAAGAAUGGGGCGACUUUCUGAUGUACGGAGAAGUUGUCACGAGCACGAACACGCUGCUUGAGAAAAACUUCAAGUUGCUUUCCAGACUACCGUCGGGGUUUACACUUACAGCAACAACUCAGGUCGCUGGGAGGGGACGCGGGAACAAUGUCUGGGUGUCACCCGCUGGGGCGCUAAUAAUGUCUACCGUCAUCAACCAUCCAGCUCAUAUUGCGCCAAGCCGGCCCAUCGUCUUCAUCCAGUAUCUAGCCGCUAUUGCCAUAGUCGAAGCUGUGAAGAACUACGAUCGAGGAUACGAAGAGGUCCCCGUAAAAUUAAAAUGGCCCAACGAUAUCUAUGCACGAGAUCCGAGGCAGCCUUCUUCAUCCCCUCCUUCUUACGUCAAAAUCGGUGGCAUCUUAUCCAACUGCAACUAUUCGGCGGGAGCUUACCAGAUUGUCCUUGGAAUCGGAAUCAACGCCAAUAACGGGCGUCCCACCACCUCCCUUGACGCCCUGCUGCCAUCACACCUCGCCCCCUUCCGAAUUGAAAAACUCACGGCUGGAAUCAUUGCCCGUCUGGAAUCUCUGUACAAGACGUUCGUGCGAAGAGGUUUCACGAGAGAUAUGGAGAGUGCAUACUAUGCACACUGGUUACACGGACGGCAGAUUGUCAACCUAGAGGCACAGGGAGGAGUGAAGGCUCGGAUCGUAGGCAUUACUAGCGACUGGGGUAUGUUAAGGGCGGAAGAGCUAGGAAGUGAUGAUAGACCGACGGGGAAGAUAUGGGCAUUGCAGAGCGAUGAAAAUAGUUUUGACUUUUUCAGGGGCUUGGUGAAGAGGAAAAUCUAG